UGUGUCUUUGAUACAGGGAGAGCCAAGCAGACAAGCAGCCUAGGCUUUGACUGAAUGCUUACUCCACCAUGACCAAAGGAACCAGGAUGUCUACAAUUUCAAUGUAAGGAAAUUAAAGAGAAAUCAAAGUACGAUGAGAGACUAUGAAGAAGUUACAUCCUUUUUGGGCCAAUGGGGGCCUUUUCAAAGACUCGUUUAUAUCCUCCUGAGCCUCAGCAGUAUUCCCAAUGGAUAUGUGGGAAUGGCGAUGGUUUUCCUGGCAGAUAUUCCUCCUCACCACUGCAGGAUUCCAUCCCUGAACAGCAGCAGCUAUGGAGGACCCGGAUACAAUCUGUCCGUCCCGACCGAGGAGGUGAAAGGACAGGUCAUACUAAGUCGCUGCAGACGCUACACUGAACAGGGGGCUUUGGAUGCCGGGUCUAACCAAAGCACAGAGCACUGUCUGGAUGGCUGGGUGUUCAGCAAGGAGAGAUACGUGUCCACCAUUGUGACUGAGUGGAAUCUGGUGUGUGAUGACGCUUGGAAAGCCCCUUUUACGGUCACUGUGUUCUUCUUUGGUGUACUGACUGGGUCCUUUCUCUCAGGAAUCAUAUCUGACAGGUACGGAAGGAAGUUCAUCUUCUUUGCCACCAUGGCCGUGCAGUGCAUCUUCAGCGUGAUUCAGGCUGCCUCCAACAGCUGGGAGAUGUUCUGUGUGCUCUACUUCAUCGUUGGAAUGGGACAAAUAGCCAAUUACUGCUCAGCGUUCAUUUUAGGAUGUGAACUUCUGAGUAAGUCACCUCGAAUUAACUUCGCUACUCUGGGUGUCAGCCUGGCAUACGCCUCCGGCUAUUCUAUUCUUCCACUCUUUGCCUACUUCAUCCGGGACUGGAGGACGCUUUUACUGGCCUUGUCUGUUCCAGGAUUCCUAUACGUACCUAUGUGGUGGUUUGUCCCAGAGUCUCCCCGUUGGCUACUGUCUCAGGGUCGAGUGGAGGAGGCUGAGGCCAUCAUCAGAGCUGCUGCCAAGAAGAACGGCAUCACUCCUCCUGACGUCAUCUUCAAGAGAGAGGACACCGCACAGCUGAUGCAAAAGAACAGUGGGGGAGAGCGGGUUGAACAGAAGACUUAUACAUGGAUUGAUCUUCUCAGAACUACAGAUAUAAGGAAUACCACAAUCUUGAACAUCAUCAUGUGGAUGACCGUGGCUGUGACUUAUUAUGGGCUGUCGUUAAACACUUCAAACAUGGAUGGGGAUCCAUACCUGAACUGCCUCAUAGCUGCAGCCAGUGAGGUGGUGGGUUACAUCGCCAUUUGGUUCGCUGUGCGCUACACGACACGGCGCUUCACCCUGGGAUUCUCGCUAAUCGUCUGUGGGCUUCUGCUGUUGGUCAUCAAAUAUGUUCCAGAGGAGCUCAACGCCUUGACUAUCACGCUGGCUAUGGCUGGAAAGUCCUGCAUCACGGGGGGGUUUAGCUUCCUCUACCUCUACUGCACGGAGCUGUUCCCCACGGUAGUGAGGAACAUGGGGCUGGGCGUCACCUCAAUGGCCUCUCGGAUUGGCAGCACAGUUGCUCCGUAUGUGGCCUACAUGGGAACUUAUAACAAGGUAUUACCAUAUAUUCUUAUGGGAUGCCUCACCAUCAUCAGUGGUAUUCUAGGUUUACUAUUACCAGAAACUAAAGAUGAGGAGCUUCCCGAACUUAUUAGUGAAGUCAAACCCCUCCACUGGUCUUGCCAGAAACAAAGACCAGUUAAAAGAAAAACCGAAGAGGAAAAUAACACCUUAGGAUUGAACUAGAAAAAUCACACCGCCUGCAAGACAUGUGAAACAAUGCUCUUCUAUUAAAGGGAUAUUCCGCCAUUUUUGGAUCAUUUUCCAUCUCCCCUUGAGCAAAACAAUUGAUAUUUACCUUUUUCCCAUUCAUCCAGCCAUUCUGUGAGUCUGGCGAUACAACUUUUAGCUUCAGCCUAGCAUAGAUCAUUGAAUCAGAUUAGACCAGUAGCAUCUCACCUGCUAGCAUCAUGUUUAAAAGUGACUAAGAUUUCAGGUAAUUUCCCCAUCUCUUCUGAAGUUAGAAAGUGCAAUAAGACCAACUGAAAAUGAAACCUGGCGUUUUUCUAGGCUGAUUUGACAUGGAACUACGCUCUCAUCUGGCGUAAUAAUCAAGGCAAGUUGCAAACGAACGAUGGGCGCAGUGAUAUCAGGCACUACUGCUUGUUGUCUAUGGGGACUAUUUUCAGAAGCUGCAAGUUGCCUUGAUUAUUACGCCAGAUGUAGAGCAUGGGUGCGUGCCCGAGGGCUCCUGAAAUUGCAAGCGUGCUGGUUCUACCGCUACAGACCAAAAGGUCGGCCGGAAAAAACACUGUUCGACUGGUAAUGACUCAUUUAAUCAUAUAUAACAGUAUGGAAUGAAUUGAUUAACUGAAAAACGUUGCAUAGUUUACCUUUAAGGAAGUCAUCCAUCUACAUUAGCUUGUGUCCUUAGUAAAUGUCAUUAUCAGCUGUGUCAUACUGAAGAGCACAUCUUUGCUCCUGGUUGUUUAGUCAAACAUUAUUGGGUUUAAUUAUAAAAGCUUUUUUGUAGACCUAUUAUAACUAAUUGAUGAUUAAUUAAAUAAGAUACUCAGCUUAGUCAUUCUCAGUUGUUCAUUGUGGUGGUUCAUUACUGCCCUUUAUAGGUGUUAUUCCAAUAUAAAUUACAAAUAAAUAAAUACACUACAAAUUCUUUCACACAAUUCUCUGGUUCUCUAGCCUAGUGAGCAUGCAGACCAAUCUCAAUUGAAAUUGAGAGUGGAUCUGGAAAAAGUUAAUUGACUUAUGUUAUGACUUCCACCAGGGGAGUAACAAGCACUGAAUGAAAUUAAACUUAAACGAAGGCUUUACAUGCAGUAGUUUACUCAAUUUCAAAGAAAUAUAUGCCCAUGCUCGAUUAGCCAUUGGGCUUCAAUGGCCUCUUGACCAGCCGGACCUGCAGAGCACAUCCUAAAUUUUCUCUCUCUGGAUGAUGAGCACUUUAUGAGAUGUUUAACUGCACACAUACUGUAAAGUGCUCAUCAUCCUCACGACCAGAUUCCUUAGUCGUAAUAUCAUUUCACCAGCAUGCUUGAAGGGUACUUCUAAUAACUUUAACUGUUUAAAAAUACAGAGAUUUCUGCUUUUGUUAUGACGUUUUGCCUUGAGUCAUUUUAAAAAUUCAACCACCAUUCAAGUGGGGAAAAUGUAAUCGCUUUUAACAUGCCAUAUCUCAAGUGUUUUUACUAUUAUUAUUAUUCAUAAUAAUAAUAAUUAUAAGAAGAAGAAGAAGAAUAACAAUCAUAAUUAAGCUUUUCUUUUGCUUCUAUGUACACUCACCUUUGUAUUACUGUAAUUGUAAUGCCAUGGUAGCCUACAUUCACAUGAAAAUGCAAUUCAUAAAUAA